AUCUCUUUACUAUAAAAUCAGGUCUCUGGCCUUUAGUAUACGUAAUUUGAUCACAAAGCUACCUUUAAUCGAAGUCUUUUGGUUUCAUUUCCUUUAAAUACUUUUUAUUUAUUAUUUUGGAAAAAUAGUUUGCAUAGUUCGAUUAAACGAAUGACAAUAUACUUAUUGUAAACGUAAGGUUGAAAGAUCAAACAAAAAAGUUCGAAUUUAGACAUUGUCUUUUAUUCUGAUCGAGAUAUCGUCAUUUCCAACUUCAUCUUUGUUUGGUAUAUUCACGGCGUAUAGAAAUGGGAAAACGAAAGCCAGUUCCUCAAUCGUCCAUCAAUACUUACUUCAAUCCUUCUGCGAAUAAGAAACAAAAAGGUGAAGAGUCGUCAUCCACAGGUACGAAGUUGACCUGGGAGAUUACAGAAUCAUUAUACAUAGCGACAUAUGGAACUCCUAGAAAGUCCUCAAAAAUUGCAACAUUUGACUUGGAUGGAACUUUAAUAAAAACCAAGUCAGGUCGAGUCUUCGCCAAAGAUGGGGGAGAUUGGCUUUGGUGGCAUCCUAAUGUCGUUCCAACAUUGAGAAAACUGGACUCUGAAGGUUACUCGAUUAUCAUUUUUAGCAAUCAAAAUGGAAUUCCUAGACGCGCAUCAAUUGGUCAACAGUUCCAAAUAAAAGUGCAAGCUAUUUUGGAAUCAUUAGACCUCCCAGUCAUUUUGUAUGCUGCAUUGUUAAGAGACAAGUACCGCAAGCCUUUACAAGGUAUGUGGGAUCACUUUGUAGAAAGAUGGGAUCACCCGAUAGAUAAAUCCUGUGCUUUUUUUGUCGGCGAUGCUGCAGGACGCCCCCGUAAUCAUAACUCCACUGAUCUAAAAUUUGCCGAGAACAUAGGUAUAAAAUUCGAUACACCGGAACAUUAUUUUACUGGAGAACCUUUUGAUCGACCAGAGUUUUCUUCAUUCCAUCCAGAACAGUUCCUGCAAAAGCAUGCAAACUCCCAACCCUAUGAAUUCGUGCCAGCAGAACAUCAAGAAAUUGUAGUCCUUGUUGGUUACCCAGCUUCUGGUAAGAGUACUCUUUGUCAGAACCAAAUUGUACCAUGUGGAUAUGAACGAAUUAAUCAAGAUACCCUAAAAACUAGAGCACGUUGUAUAAAGGCAGCAGUGGAAGCACUGGAAAACAAAAAAUCAGUUGUUGUUGACAAUACAAAUCCUACCAUAGAGGCUAGAGAAGCCUGGGUUGAACUAGCUAAAAGAUUCAAUAUUCCUGCACGUUGUGUUUACGUAGAAGUACCUGAACUUUUGGCUAAACACAACAACACCUUCAGAUAUAUACAGCAAGAGAUUAAAGGCCUACCAGAAGUGGCUUACACAUCAUUUCGUUCAAGAUUUCAAAAGCCUACCACCAAGGAAGGUUUUCAAGAUGUGGAAAUUGUUCCAUUUAUCUGUCUUCCGGAAUUAGAAGAAAAGUGGAAUCAGUGGUAUGAAUGAAUGAAUUUACAUACAGUAAACCUCAAUACUAUAACAUAUUAUAUUUAGCCUAUUUAGCCCUAAAAUUCUAAUUACUAUGUCACCACGA